GAGCAGGACGCGCAGCUGCCUGCAACACCUCCUCUAUACUCUCUCUGCAAACUUCAACCGAGGACGCUCAUUCUGAUUUUUUUUUUUUAGCCUUUAUUAUGGUUGUAUGGAAAACGCAUUGGAGUCUCAUUUGAUGGCUUUUCAAUAUCAGAAACUGGGUUUUUUGGUGGAGAAGAAGAAGAGGCAGUUUGGCUGGAUUAUAAUGUGGAUGAAAUGAAGUUUUUGGAGGAUUUAUGGUUGUUGGACUUCUGGUGCCACUUAUACCAGGGCCCUGCAGGCAAUGGAUUCUUGUGAUUUUAUUUGAAUGUAAUUUUUUUCUUAAAAGCGCACAGAGCUGCAGAGCCAUGGAGAACCUCACCAUGGAGAACAUGACUGUGGAGAACGAGACAUCGCUGCGGGACAACCAGACUCUGGGUGUUUGGACCGACCACACGGUUGAGUACAAAGUGGCCAGCGUGUUUUUGGUGUCCCUCAUAUGCGGGCUGGGGAUAGUGGGUAAUGUGAUGGUGAUCCUGGUGGUCCUGACCACCAAACACAUGCGCACUCCCACUAACUGUUACCUGGUGAGCCUGGCCGCGGCGGACCUGAUGGUGCUGACGGCCGCCGGGCUGCCCAACAUCACCGACGCCCUGCACGGUCAGUGGGUGUACGGCUACGCGGGCUGCCUGGGCAUCACCUACUUCCAGUAUCUGGGAAUCAACGCGUCCUCCUGCUCCAUCACCGCCUUCACCGUGGAGCGCUACAUCGCCAUCUGCCACCCCAUCAAGGCGCAGUUCCUGUGCACUUUAUCCCGGGCGAAGAAGAUCAUCAUGCUGGUGUGGGCGCUCACCUCCGUGUACUGCGUCAUGUGGCUCUUUCUGUCCGACACCAAAAAGUUGGUGUACGACAACGUGGCGCGGCUCAGCUGCGCCUACAAGGUGUCCAGGAGUUACUACCUGCCCAUCUACUUCACGGACUUCGCGGUGUUUUACGUGCUGCCUCUGAUGCUGGCCACGGUGCUGUACGGACUGAUCGCCCGGAUACUGUUCCUCAACCCGCUGCCUUCGGACCUCAAAAGCAGCAGCAGCAGCACCAAGAAGUGGAAGAAGGAGACGGGUCAGUGCGGGAGGAUGAUCAGCAGCACCUGCUCCUCCAGCAGCACCACGGCGGCCUCCCGCAGACAGGUGACAAAGAUGCUGGCUGUGGUGGUGAUCCUCUUCGCCUUACUUUGGAUGCCCUACCGGACCUUAGUGGUAGUCAACUCCUUCCUGGACAAAGCCUACCUGGACACCUGGUUCCUGCUCUUCUGCCGCCUCUGCAUCUACCUAAACAGCGCCAUCAACCCGGUCAUCUACAACGUCAUGUCCCAGAAGUUCCGCGCCGCUUUUAAGAAGCUAUGUCACUGCGGCCCUCAGCGUAUGGAGAAGCCAGCUUCUUACAGUGUGGCGCUAACCUACAGCGUCAUCAAGGACACGUCCAAUGGCGAAAGUCCAGACCACUUCCCCACAGACAUGGAGGACGAGUUAAACACGCCUACAGAUCAAUACUUACCUGCCAGCAUCUUGCCAAGUGCCAAGAAGAUGCCGUUUGCAGAGCCUUCCGUGUCAGGGAGUGAUGUCAAAGCUUGACUAAAAACAAACGUUCCACCCAAAUAGGAUAGCAGAGACUCUGACAGACUCCGAGUAGGAUGCAUAACUGAAAAAAUAAACAAGAAUUGUGUAAGCUGCAGACGGAAUAUCUAUUAAAAUUUCUAAAUUAUAGAAAAAUAAACAUAAAAUCUUCAAUCGUAUCAGUAUAUCCGUAUGAAUCCCACUGUGUGAAAUGUUUACAGCUAUGGAGCUUAUAUCUUGAGUCAGUUAACGUUCAUCAGUGUAGUAAUGUUACAGGUUGUUUCUCUGAGUGUCUCGCUACUCGUUCCUACCGGUGGGUUCAAUUACUGGUGAGAGUGCAAGUGCUUGAACUCUGUGUGCGUUAUCAGAUGGUGAUGCUUCAGGUUUAAAUUAGUUCCUGUCUUCCCGCUGACAGCAUAAAUUACCUACAGUAUGUGUUUCGUGUCAGACUCUAAAUGACAUUAGCCUAGCCCCGUUUGGGACUGUCUCGUCAACUUUGUGGUGUAACGGGGCUCUAAUGCCUUUUUUCCACUGCAUGGUUCAGCUCAAUUCGACUCACUCUUGGUACCAGGUACUUUUCUCAGUUUCGUUUUCCACUGCAGAUAGUACCCCCUCAGUGUAGGCGGGAUUCUUUGCUGACCCUCACAGCGACACCACGUGAAACUUCCGUGACAUAAUCUUUAAUGUUGGAUCCUGUCAUCGGCAAUCAAACAGAAGAACAUUUGCACUUCGUCGGAGUGUACACAGUAGUUUUAAAAAUCGGGGUCGAGUGAAUAAAAAAAUUGCGGUCGCUAUUGACGGUAGCUUGGCUAUUUAAAAAUCGGGGGUUUGUGCAGGAUUCUCUCUGACCAAUCAGUGGUCUGCAGUCCACUCACUAGUAUUGUAGCCAAAGUAACGCCACACCAUCGACCGUUACCUCGUUUAUCCACAGCAGCUCUUUACCAUUGAAGGUUGUUGUGGUUGCUGAGCUGUCGCUUUCUGUAUCAGUUUUCUCAAAGGAAGUGCUCGUCUUACCAGUAGUUUGAUGGAGGGGUGAUAUUGGUCUGUGCAUUCAGUGGAAAUAGCAGGUGUGGUGAGGUGGAUAGCCUCCACCAAAAGAAAUACCACUCACGGUGACUCCAAAGUUUUUACAUAUACAUAUUGUGUCGUAUUAGCUGUCUUGCUAACAGAACUUCAUGCAGUCACUAGGACUAAACCCAGCUGUUGGUGAUCCGUAAAUACCGUUAAAGUGUAAGCUUGUUAAACCACCACAACGUCUUGUCUGGGCUGAGUAACGAAAGUAAAGUAACGAGUAAUGUAACUAAUUCUAAUUACUUUUGCUGUUGGGUAAUUGGUAAAGUAACGUAAUUUAAAUGAAUAAUAUGUGAUGUGUAAAUUCCUACAUUUUUCAAGUAACUUGGCCAAAACUGCCUACGACUGGUUAGAAAUAGCUUUGUUUCUGUGUUGGGAUUGGGUAGAACGUAAUAGUAUGUUGUCAAGCACUCUUAAUUUAUUUACAGUAGCCUUUAUCAAAGUUUUCUAAUCAAGGAAAUUGUCUAUCACAAUCAGUGUUUAUAUAAUCCAAGCCCUCAGUGGUACCAAGGUUUUACUUGUAGCAUAAGACUUCCUCUCUGUUCAUGUACCUCCCCACAAUGAAUCCAAAUGCACCGUGAAAUUUUAAUCACGGUACCGGAGAGAAAGCACAGAUAUGGGAUUACAUGACCUUUUGAGAAGGUCUAAGUAAAGAAAAGGACGAAUAUUUAGAGACCCUCAUGUAAACCUACUGUGUCCAUUUAAAGCCUCCUGAGCGCUAAUGAUUUCUGCAGGGACUUUAGUCUUAACAGUGGCAGACACAGCAAAGCUUUAUGUUGCUUUAGUCACUGUGAAGACGACCGCUGUGGACUCAGUGAGGAGCCUGUAAAGGUCAGUGGCCAGUAUAUAAUUAUGAGGGGGGAAAUGCGUAAGCCUGAUGAGCAGAACCGAGAGGCUGUUUGUCAAAGCGUCGGAUACCUGUCGUGGCAGUAAUUCACUGAUAUUGCCUGAGACUGCAGAGUGCAGCGCUUUAUCUGCCCAGCAAAACCCCACAGAGGAAUGAUGGAGCAUGUAAAUAGAUCGGAACAAAGUGCCAUACUUGAGUUGGUGCAGUCCACAGUAUGUAUAUAGCUCACCCUGCUAUUAAAAUAAGAAUCUUCUGCUGUUCGUUUGAGCUACGUAUACUGUAUGUAUAAAUUGAAGAGCACUCAGACGGAAUGAAUACUGAGUGAACUAAAUGAAAGAAGCCUAGUGAGAAGGAGACUUUUCUUUCUAUACUGUAAAGUUGCUUGAAAUUGAUUGUGCAGUGCAAUGUGAAAUUAAUUCAAUAUUGUGUUUUCAAAUGUGUGCCAGCAAGUGCUUUUAAAAAAAAAAAUUGCUUGUGUUUAUCCAUUGUUCCAUUCAUUCAUUUCAAACCAGCUUGCACUGAUUGCGCAGUCAGUGCAAGCUGAGAGUAGGAAAACAAACUGUGAGAAAAUAAAAAAAAAAAAAAGGUUUGAAGUUUGUAGCGUAAAGUAACUCUCAUUUGUGCACUUUUAUUAAUUUCUCCCUUCUGUUCUCAGUCGAAGUGCGUUUUGCUUUUGGGGUAAACACCAAACAGUUGUGAAGGAGAUGUUUUCUGUUCUGCACGGUGCACAGUUUGCAGCAUGAACACAAGCUUUUGUGAGGUGAACACAAACAUCUGAUACCUGAUGUGUUUCCAUCUGAGGCGUUUGCUUUGUGCACAUUUCUGUCAAAAGGUAUAGCCUUUUUUUCUGCUCUUGCUGUUUGAUGGAUUGUUUUGUAUUUUGUAUUGUUCUUUGUCUAUAAUAAACAGAGACUAUAAUUGCA